AUGUUCUGCUCCACCAAACCUUCGAAGAAAAUGAUGACUGAGAUCUUGGAUCCCGAUGGCGACGUGACCAUUACCUGUGGCGAUACCUCGUUCCGAGUUUGCUCGAAAGCCCUGUCCUUAGCCUCGCCUGUGUUUGCAGUAAUGCUCAAGCCCUCUUCCUUCAGGGAAGGGAUGUUGACUGGGGAUGCUGAGUCCGCCAACAGUGCUGUUAUUUCCCUUCCUGAGGAGUAUCUCGACGCCUUUCGCAUGUUCGCCAAUUUGGCACACCACAGACUCAGCGACGCCGGAGACCAACCUAGUGUUGUCCAGUUGGAUAACCUUGCUUUAUUCAUUGCCAAGUACGACUGUACCAACAUGAUGAAGGAUCGAGGAAAUACAUGGAUUUCUCGCACGUUGGCUGAGGGGGACGUCAGCCAGGAACAGCUCUGGCUCCUGUUACACCUCGCCUAUGUCUUGGACCUGGACACUCUUGUUUCGAACCUAUCGCGUACUCUUGUACAAAGCCUUGCUGAGCGCAUCCGAGAUUGGGAGUAUGCAAGGGCUAACAUGAGGACGUUUCCAGAUGGGUUUCUUGCUCAACUUGACCACAUUCACCAUACAAUGACCGUGGAUAUGGAGGAGACUAUGAUAAAACCAAUCAUUGCUCUGUCGUCGUCAUCUUGCGAAGGUUGCCGGGCAAUGCUUUCCAAUUAUAUCCGCGGUCUGGCAGCAGCGGGAAUUCUCCGGGCUACGAACAAGUACAGAAGAAAGAGUGUUCCUCAAAUCUUGCAAUCGGUGGCUACCUUUGGUGACGCCAGUUAUUCCAUCCAUGCGGCCUAUUGCAUUGAGGGGCAAGCUUCUGCAAUACCUCAAAAUAAGGGGGCCCUGCUUGAUAGUUUGAGAUACCACACUGAACGUGCUCAGAUGUGUCAGGGGUGCUUGACAGGAGGGGAGAAUUGCAGGAAGCAUAGACCAGGAGGCUGGAAAGGGGCAAUCGCCAUCAUGAGUCUUCUCGCACUUGUCGUGGGCGUGGGCGCCAUUUGUUGA